UUUUAUUACAGUUUAUAUAGUUGGUGACAAAAUUUACAUUUUACGUGUAAUUUUGCUUUUAAAAGAUCAGUUUAGUAGUCCUAUUUUGCCGUUUCUUAUAAAGGAACAUAAGUGUCAGGAAGAGAAAAAUUGGAUUUUUUCACGUUCCUCGUCGCCUCGUCGGUAUUAUUUUAUUGAUUUGAACCAACCAAACAUAUUUGUCUGAUCAUUUCAGUUUAAAUACAUAGGAUUAAAUGAUGACUGUUGACGGAGAUGAGAAGCCUCCUCGGGAUCGAGUGUUCAUGGACAUAUCCAUCGGUGGCUUACCUUCUGGCCGGAUUGUUUUCGAGCUCUUCAACGAUGUAGCUCCGAAAACAGCGGAAAACUUCCGCGCAUUGUGCUCUGGGGACAUGGGUGUUGGUAAGGUGACAGGCAAGCCCCUAACUUACAAGGGCAUGGUGUUCCAUCGUGUGGUGAAGGACUUCAUGAUACAAGGUGGGGAUUUCACAAAUGCUAACGGGACUGGUGGAGAAUCCAUCUAUGGAGGAACUUUUGAAGAUGAAUCGUUUGAGCUGCAGCACGAUCGGCCCUACUUGUUGUCUAUGGCCAACAGAGGCAAAGACACUAAUGGGUCGCAGUUCUUUAUAACAACACAGCCGGCACCGCAUCUCGACAAUGUGCACGUAGUGUUCGGGCACGUGGUGGGCGGCGCGGCGCUGGUGCGGCAGCUGGAGGCGCUGCCGGUGGACCGCAACGCGCGCCCGCUGCAGGACGUGCGCGUGGCCAACUGUGGACAGCUCGUGCGGCUCAAGGCGGUGGCGAGUGUGGCGAGUGAGGCGGGCGAGCGAGGCGGGCGAGUGAGGCGGGCGAGUGAGGCGGGCGAGCGAGGCGGGCGAGCGAGGCGGGCGAGUGAGGCGGGCGAGCGAGGCGGGCGAGUGAGGCGGGCGAGCGAGGCGGGCGAGUGUGCGGCGCUGGAGGCGCUGCCGGUGGACCGCAACGCGCGCCCGCUGCAGGACGUGCGCGUGGCCAACUGUGGGCAGCUCGUGCGGCUUAAGGCGGGUGAGUGGCGAGUGAGGCGGGCGAGUGAGGCGGGCGAGUGUGCGGCGCUGGAGGCGCUGCCGGUGGACCGCAACGCGCGCCCGCUGCAGGACGUGCGAGUGGACAACUGUGGACAGCUCGUGCGGCUUAAGGCGGGCGGGCGAGUGAGGCGGGCGAGCGAGGCGGGCGAGUGUGCGGCGCUGGAGGCGCUGCCGGUGGACCGCAACGCGCGCCCGCUGCAGGACGUGCGCGUGGCCAACUGCGGGCAGCUCGUGCGGCUUAAGGCGGGUGAGUGGGCGAGUGAGGCGGGCGAGUGGGCGAGUGAGGCGGGCGAGUGUGCCGAGCGAGUGAGGCGGGCGAGUGAGGCGGGCGAGUGUGCGGCGCUGGAGGCGCUGCCGGUGGACCGCAACGCGCGCCCGCUGCAGGACGUGCGAGUGGCCAACUGCGGGCAGCUCGUGCGGCUCAAGGCGGUGAGGCAGGCGAGUGAGGCGGGCGAGUGUGCGGCGCUGGAGGCGCUGCCGGUGGACCGCAACGCGCGCCCGCUGCAGGACGUGCGAGUGGCCAACUGUGGACAGCUCGUGCGGCUCAAGGCGGGAAAAAAGCGCAAGCAAGACAAGGAAAAAGUCAAAGAAAGUGAUGCCGAGUCCGAGAAGUCUCACAAGAAGGACAAGAAGAGGAAGAAGGACAAAAAGGAGAAGAAGAAGAAGAGACAUCAUUCUGGAGCAUCAGAAGAAGAAGAGGAAGGUGAACUUCCCUCGCACCCUCUGGCUGUGACCUCCAAGAUAGACCCCAAGGAGAUCCCCGAGGUGCCGGCCAACCGCUUCCUGAUGCGCGGCGGCCGGGACCAGGACAAGGAUAGGAAUGACUUCAGGAAGGACAGAGAGAGGUAUACUUGUUGCGAGCUUCCCUCGCUCCUUCUGGCCGUGACCUCCAAGACAAACCCCAAGGAGAUCCCCGAGGUGCCGGCCAACCGCUUCCUGAUGCGCGGCGGCCGCGACCAGGACAAGGAUAGGAGUGACUUCAGGAAGGACAGAGAGAGGUAUACUUGUUUUGUCAUCUCCAAGAUAAACCCCAAGGAGAUCCCCGAGGUGCCGGCCAACCGCUUCCUGAUGCGCGGCGGCCGGGACCAGGACAAGGAUAGGAAUGACUUCAGGAAGGACAGAGAGAGGUUCCUGAUGCGAGGCGGGCGAGACAAGGACAAAGAUAGGAAGGACAGAGAGAGGUCUCUGAUGCCAGGCGAGCGAGACAAGGACAGAGAUAGGAAGGACAGAGAGAGGUUCCUGAUGCCAGGCGGGCGAGACAAGGACAAAGAUAGGAAGGACAGAGAGAGGUGUUCUUACCAGCUUUUACUUAACUGGGAGGAAGGCGAGCUUCCCUCGCACCCUCUGGCUGUGACCUCCAAGAUAGACCCCAAGGAGAUCCCCGAGGUGCCGGCCAACCGCUUCCUGAUGCGAGGCGGGCGGGACCAGGACAACAAUAGGAGUGAUUUCAGGAAGGACAGAGAGAGCGAGUUACCUUUACACCCUUUAGCCGUGGCCUCCAAGAUUGACCCCAAAGAGAUCCCCAAGGAAGGUGAGCUUCCCUCGCACCCUCUGGCCGUGACCUCCAAUAUAGACCCCAAAGAGAUCCCCGAGGUGCCGGCCAACCGCUUCCUGAUGCACGGCGGCCGCGACCAGGACAAGGAUAGGGGUGACUUCAGGAAGGACAGAGAGAGGCAGAGGUUCCGUGAGAGGGAUCGUCACUCCUACACCCGUAGCGGCAGGAUUAUCAAGGGAAGAGGUGUUUUCCGUUACCGCACGCCGUCGCGGUCGAGGUCGCGCUCGCGGUCGGUGACGCCGCCGCACUGGCGCCAGGCACAGCGCCGCAUCGUCAAGCUGUCUGACAUCGAGCGUGUGGAGCACGAGCGGUCCGAGCGUGAUCACCAGGAAGAAAUGAAGAACAAGCGAGCUGAGAAAAACAAAGAUGAAGAGGGAGGAACUCCGGAGCAACCCCGCGAAAAAGAGGAAGGAGAAUGCGACACCACAUUAGAAAAAUCGGCUCAUGAGAAGAUCGACUACAACGCGCUGGAUUUCGAGGCAGAUGUGGAGCAUGACGAGGACCCAGAGCAUUUGCGCGCACGCAAGCCAGCUGCCGAGAAGCCCGAAGCGCGCCGCGCGCCGCGCAGUCGAGCUGACAUGUUAGCGCGCGCGCUGGGCGUCCAUCCGCGGCACGACCAGCGGGAAGGCAUGCCGCUCCGCCGCCGUGACGCCCCAGCAUCAGCAGUAUACUCCGCGCCCAAGUUGUCUUCGGCUGUCAGCAACAUGGCGGAGGGCCUGGGAUCGGCCAGGCCUCACGAGGAGAGGGACAACGAGGGCGGUUACGAUCCCUUCAGUCUGCUGAGAAGCACCUUUAAAGGGCGGGAGAUGGCGCAAAGGAAGGAAGAACGUCCUGAGCGCUCCGAGCCCCGUCGCGAAAGAGAAAAAGAUAAAUUCCACGACAAAGAAGACAGACGCGAUAAACACAAGAGCGAGAGGGAGCGACACAUCUCCGAAAUGAGCGACAAGGACGACGCGCGCAAACCGGAGAAGUCCGAUCGCCGACCCGAACGGAGCGAGGACAGAGAUCGGAAGACAGAGAGGAGCGAAAGAGAUGACAGGGACCGCAAAUAUUCUGAGAAGAGUGAGAGAGAGGACAGGGACCGCAAAUACUCUGAAAAGAGCGAGAGAGAUGACCGCAAACACGAUAGCAAACAUGCGGACAAGAGCGACAGGGAUAGCAAGUACGAUAAGAGGGAUGACAAGCGGGACCGGUCGAGGGAGCGAGACAGAUAUAGGGACAAGAGUGAGAAGCGUAGGGAUGAUGAUAGGAAGAGGGAUGAAGAUGAUAGAGACAAAAGGAGGCGGUCGCGUUCUUCUAGCAGGGGAAGGAGUAGGUCUCGAGACCGCAAACACUCCGCGUCGAGCCAUCGCGAGAAAAGUCGCGACAAGUCGCAAGAUAAGUCGCCGCAAGAGGACGACAAAAAGAAGGAAGAAGAGCGCAACGAAGCUCGCAAAGAGCUGAUGGAGAUCGUCCGCCUCAUCAAGUCCAGGCAGCGCGACCGCGAGAACAAAGCCGCAGAAGCGAAGAAGCGUCGUGACUCGAGCCGCAGUUCCUCGGGCUCCGAGCGCGAGCGACGCCGCCGCGAGCGCAGGAAGCGAAGCGAGAGCCCUCGGCGCCGCCGCGAUAGUUCCGAGCGCGAUUCCCGUCGGCGCCGACGCGGCUCGUCGUCGUCGCGCUAGGUGUGUCUGCGCCUAAUGUGCACGAGCUAUGUUUGACUACGGAUUAUGAUGGACAUACGUUGGGGAUUUACCCACCAUAUUAUACACUUCGUCAUAAUAUUAUGUAUUUUUUUUAUAGUAUUUUCCAAUUUUCUUUUCUCUUUAAUCUUGUUUCUAGACUUUACACUUUAUAGGGCACUGGCUAC